CAUUGGAACGAUGUAUUUGGGGGUCAAACACUCUCAGGGAGGCCACUUCCGGUAACGUUAGUAUCCCCGGCGCGCAGUUUUGACGUCACUCAGCCGGCACAAGUGCGAGAGAGAAGCAUGGCAACCGGAGCUCUAGUGAGAGGCGCUCUGAGUCGGGCAUUGAGAGCCCGCUGCCUGCCCCUGGCGCCCAAACAGGGGAGGAGCGUAAGCGUGUGCAUCUCCAGAGGUGCAGCUGGUACCUGGCACCCUGCAUCUCUCUCCAGAACAGGACCGACCGCUCUGAGUGCUGCAGCUGGGAGAAGAUACACCACCCAGGCCGCAGAGAACAAGGAGGAGGAGAUUCUGCAUAAAAUCAUCUCUGAUACUGAGAAUGUGCAAGGUUCUGCCUCCAAGCAUGAGUUCCAAGCAGAGACCAAGAAGCUUCUGGACAUUGUUGCCCGUUCGUUGUACUCUGAGAAAGAGGUCUUCAUCAGAGAGCUGAUCUCAAAUGGAAGCGAUGCUUUAGAGAAGCUGAGGCACAAUCAUCUGGCACAAGGAAGUGCCCUCCCAGAGAUGGAAAUCCACCUGCAGACUGACGCUGACAAAGGAACACUCACAAUCCAGGAUACUGGGGUGGGCAUGACGAGGGAUGACCUUAUCUCCAACUUGGGCACGAUUGCACGCUCAGGAUCCAAGGCCUUCCUGGAAGCUUUACAGAAUCAGGCAGACAGCUCUUCUAAGAUCAUUGGUCAGUUUGGUGUGGGCUUCUACUCAGCCUUUAUGGUGGCAGACAAAGUGGUUGUUUACUCUCAGUCAUCGGAGGAAGGGAGCACCGGAUACUGCUGGAGUUCAGAUGGCUCUGGUGUCUUUGAGUUGGUAGAGGCCAGUGGCGUCCGGCCAGGGACAAAGGUUGUGAUCCAUCUCAAGGACGACUGUAAAGAAUUUGCCAAUGAGGACAGAGUAAAAGAGGUGGUAACCAAGUACAGCAAUUUUGUCAGUUUUCCCCUGUACCUGAAUGGCAAGCGGAUGAACACCCUGCAGGCUCUCUGGAUGAUGGAUCCCAAGGAGAUCGGGGAGUGGCAGCAUGAAGAGUUCUACCGGUUCAUCGCUCAGGCGUAUGACAAACCACGUUACAUGCUUCACUACAAGGCAGAUGCACCCCUCAAUAUCCGCAGUAUUUUCUAUGUUCCAGAGAUGAAACCUUCCAUGUUUGAUGUGAGCAGAGAAAUGGGCUCCAGUGUAGCUCUAUACAGCCGCAAGGUUCUGAUCCAAACCAAAGCUGCAGACAUUCUGCCCAAAUGGCUGCGCUUCUUGAGAGGUGUUGUGGAUAGUGAAGAUAUCCCACUGAAUCUGAGCCGUGAGCUGCUUCAGGAAAGUGUCCUAAUUCGGAAACUACGUGAUGUUCUACAGAGGCGGCUGAUUAAAUUCUUCAUCGAUCAGAGCAAGAAGGAUCCAGAAAAAUAUGCCAAAUUCUUUGAGGACUACGGGCUUUUCAUGCGAGAGGGAAUAGUGACCACAGCAGAGCAAGAAGUCAAGGAGGAUAUUGCCAAAUUGCUCCGCUUUGAGUCUUCAUCAUUGCCCGAAGGCCAGCAAACCAGUCUGACUGAAUACGCCAGCCGCAUGCAACCCGGAACGCGAAAUAUCUACUACUUGUGCGCACCCAACCGCCACCUCGCAGAGCACAGCCCUUAUUAUGAGGCGAUGAAAAAGAAGCAAACAGAGGUUCUGUUCUGUUAUGAGCAAUUCGACGAGCUCACCAUGCUGCACUUGCGAGAGUUCGACAAGAAAAAGCUCAUCUCCGUGGAGACGGACAUUGUGGUGGAUCACUACAAAGAGGACAAGUUUGAAGAGAGUAUACCAGCAUCAGAGCGCCUGUCUGAGAAGGAGGCUGAGGAUCUUAUGGCAUGGAUGAGGAAUGGUUUGGGAACUCGAAUUACCAAUGUGAAGGUUACACCACGAUUGGAUACUCACCCAGCUAUGAUCACUGUGCUGGAGAUGGGGGCAGCGCGACACUUCCUGCGCACACAACAGCUUGCCAAGACCAGUGAAGAACGCGCACAGAUCCUUCAGCCCACACUGGAAAUAAACACCGGACACCCUCUUAUUAAGAAACUAUGGCAGCUGAAGGAUGGUGAGCAGGAGCUGGCAAAGUUACUUCUGGAUCAGAUAUAUGAAAAUGCAAUGAUAGCAGCUGGACUGAAUGAAGAUCCCCGGCCAAUGAUUGGUCGUCUUAAUGAGCUGCUGGCUAAAGCAUUGGAGAAACACUAACCUUUUUCUAUACUCUCCCCCGCAAACCUUUCUGUCUCACCCUGUGCAAAGCAAAGCAGCGCUGAGGAUAAAGGGACGUCCAUUUCUCCAGUCACAUUGCUUUAUGGAUUUGCCAUAUUUCCUAUGGAAAGCAAACUAAACACCUUGCCACUCUGAACUGUACUGAUAACUACUGCUUGUAUGCCAUCUGUGGGUUUGUCUGUAAUAUGGAUUCUCCACAGUAACAAAUGAGAGAUGGAGUGGAACAUUUUUGUUUAGUUGUACCCUAAAGGCAAAUUUUAAGUCAACUGUCAACCGUUUUUGUUUGUUUUUUUAAUCUUAUUUUUGUGUUGUAAUUGUUAAAAUUAAAUUCAAAAUUUAUCCCAAAAAAAA